UUGUCCCCUUCCUUUUUCUUCCCAUUUCACCUCUCUCUUUAUUUCCCUAACACAACACAACACACACUACUAUAGCAAACUCAACUCACACUCUCUUAAACGCACCGUUUUCAAUUCUCAAUUUCACUUGCUAUGGCAUCUUCUGAUAAUUUAUCCGGCAUUGAACCGUGGAUGUUUCGCCCUGCGGUGGCUGACACGUGGCUCGCCGAAUACAUAGCUCGCGACACCGAUACCCUCACCAAGGCUCUUCAAAAAACACUCUCCACUUCACCGGAAGACGCUUUCUCUCCUUUUUUAAACCUUGUUAAAACUGACUCAGCCGUUACCGCCACACCAACGGUUUCCAGCCUCUCCGGCUCCGACCAGGACUCCGCUCCGAAGCGUCAGCGAGUUGCAGCCGGGAAGAUCUCGAAGAGAAAGUCGCGUGCCUCGAAGAGGUCACUGACGACGUUCAUCACCGCCGACCCUGCCAAUUUUCGGGAGAUGGUGCAGCAGGUUACCGGAGCGAGAUUCGGUGCGGGUUCGAAUAUUUCAAUGGCACCGAUUGUGAAGCCGGAGCCGCUUCGAAUGGUGGGAGUCACCGGAGGAGGAAGGUUUUCUACGGAGGGUGGAAGUUGUUUGCCGACGCUUGACACGUCAGCUUUUUUACUUGACCACGUCCAUAACCGUCAACAACAACACCACCAACCGAAUCAAACAAUGGUUGGUGGUAACUCGGAUGGGCCUGAGAACUCUGGGAUGGGCCCACUUUCAUUUGGGCAGCCCAUUGGAGGAUUGGAUGACGAUGCUGGUUUCGUUUCUGCGGGUUUAGAUUUUGAAACUUUCUCAAGCUGCUUUCCCACUUUGGAAUCGUCGUGGAAAGUUAUGUAAGAGAUGAAACGACGAGAUUGUCCCUCAAUUUUUCCUUUUCACUUUUUCCCUUUUUGCCCCCAUCGUGGGUUUGGGAUUGGAUAUUGGGGUUAGUAGCUAUAGCUAGGAUAUGAUUGUAAAUUAGGGAAAAGGGAAGGGAAUGGAUAUGGAAAUGGAUGUAGCAUUUCCUUUUUCUAUGUAAUUCGUAUUACAUAGUUGUUUUAUCAUUACUAUUAGUAUCAAGUACUAAAAACAAUGUUGUAUCUUUGUUUAGUUCAAUUAAACUAAUUAAUGCAUUCCCAAGUGUGUUGUUAUCAUCUAA